UCCCAAGUCCUUCACUAUAAUUAAUCACCAUGAUUAGCGUUUUAGUUUAGCUCCAGACUCGACCGGAAGCGCCAAAGAAGAGAUCUAGGGGAGAAAAAUCAGCAACGAUUCAGCCAUGGCAUCUAGGGUUUCGCUCAAGAGCAAAGGCAAAUCAGGGAAGGGAUCAAAAGGAGCAGAGGACAAGUCCACCACUCAGUGCCUCAAGGAAUGGAGCACCUGGGCUAUGAAAAAGGCUAAAGUGAUUACCCAUUAUGGCUUCAUUCCUCUCAUCAUCAUCGUUGGCAUGAACUCGGAGCCCAAGCCACAGUUUUAUCAGCUCCUCAGCCCUGUCUAGUCGAUCGCGUUUUCAAAUUUUCUGUUAUAUUUUUCUUAUCUGUGUAUGGAUCGUUAAUUAGUUUUUAUAAUAUAAUUUUGAAUCGUAUUUAUUCCAAGUAGUGGUUUUGAAUUUAUUUGAUUCAAUAACUGCACAUAAGAAAGCUAAGGGGAAUUGAAAGAGAAAAAAAAAAUUAUAUUGGUAUUUUUACUCUUUUAUGUUCUGCAUGUCAUAAGCUCUGCUCUUGUUUUGCAUGAUUUUUACUAGUGAAAUUGAUACAAUGUGUUUCUGCUUGUUCUAGUGUCCUUUUGGGCUCUGUAUUGGGGAUUUUGGUUUAUAUGGUGACUCUGUCUUAAAUUGUUUACAUAUGAUUGUAAAGGGAGACUGGCCUCUGUUUCUAAUAUGGUGUUUGUGAAUUGUAACUAUAUUUCGUACUGAUUUUGUAUGAUGUGAGAACUUGUGUGGACACAAGUGAAGCUUAGUUUUAGUUUCGGUCUUAUAUGCCGUAGGCUGUUAUGCUUUUCUGGAAUUCCAAACUUGCAUGCUUUUACUAAUGAGAAAAACUGGCUUUAUGCUUUUAGUUAUUUUGAUCCUUGUGUUCUAGCUUUUUCCAUGACUGUGUCAAUUGUUUCACAGAAGAAUUGAUGUUGGUUGCCGCAACUCAUAGAAUCAACUCCCAUAAGGGGGGCAAGUGGGGGAAUUUUGUUUGAUAAGUUCUUAUAUUGUUGAAACUUGGUCAGUAUGGAUCUUGAUUCCCCUAUUUGUUUCUGUUCUUUUAGAUUAUAAUUGUAGCAAUGCUGAUGGAAAUCUGAUGCUGAAAGUUAGCAUCUGGGUCUUCCCGAGAGGAGUCACUUUUUUUUUUUUCUUUCUUUCUUUCUUUUCUUUUCUUUUCUCUUUCUUGCAAAUAGAAAAUGAAUAUAAUGAUUUUUGUUUU